CACACUUUCUAAAACCCUUUCAUUUCCGAUUUGGAUAUCGAUCGGGUUCCUCUUCCAAUUCGUAGAGUAAGGAGCAAUGAAGGUGAGAUCAUCUGUGAAGAAGUUGUGCGAGUUUUGUAAGACAGUGAAACGCCGUCGACGUGUGUACGUUAUAUGUUCAUCCAAUCCUAAGCACAAGCAAAGGCAGGGAUUCUGCUCCAUUGCUUAUGAUGGAAUCAUACCUCCUCCCUCGUUUUCUGAGUCGGUUGCUAAUCAGGAGGUGGUGAGGAUGCCUGGUCAGGGCGUAUCAGUCGGUCUCGCAUCGCUUUUACACAAAAGGCCUGAGCCAGCAGCAGUUUUCGGAUGGCGGGGAGGUCUUGCAUCCAUUCUCUUCAAGCAAGGCAAUUAGCAAGUUAAACCAGCAUUUACUAUUUGAAUUUUCUCGAGUUGUAAUCCAAGUUUGUUUCUCAAACACAUCUACUUUGGUCAGUUGUAGGCUCUCUAGACCCGUUUGAUUUGCUUGCACCUUAUAUGACUUGAAUAAAGAGAGAGAUUAAAACUUGAGUAUUUGCUUU